GACUUACGAGUACCAGACUCCUGGAAUACAUUUCUUUGCUCGGUUUGAUUUUAAUUUGUUUCGCGUAACGCACGCAAGAAAUACACGCGCUUCGCGGAGUUCAAAAAUUGUCAAUCGCAGUUAUGUGAAAUAGAGAAGACUAUGUAGUUUAUGCCGAGUUUGAUAAAAAAAUCUUAUUGACGUUCAACAGAACAUUUUUGUGUCAACAUUUAUUCUAUGCAAUUGCGAGAACAUCGGUUUGGUGACGGUGUUUGAAAUAAUUACUGUAAAUGAACGGAGAGAGAAGUUGACAAUUAGACGAAUGCUGUAUCAACUUUCUCGUUUUUGUAUCGCUUUGCCUGACCAUGGAUGUUGAAAACAGCCUCGAAUUUUUGUAUUGCCAUUCGGGAAGCGUUCGGGGUGUCGCCUUUUCGCCCGUGGAUCGUCACAUAUUUUGUUCAGGUGCGUACGAUGGCAAGGUGAAUCUAUACAAUGCCAAUGAUUGCGUUCUCCUCCAUAGUUACCAGAUAACCACCUUAAGUCUUGCAAGAAACAUCAAUGCAGUAAGGUUUACUUCAGAUGGACAAAAGAUUCUUGCAACUACAACUGUGAGAAGGCUUGCUUUGCUGGAUGCUGAAACAGGGGAACAAGUAUUCUCUUAUGAUAAUUGUACAUUUAGUGGCAGGGAUAGGACAGCGCUUGCAGUCAAUCAACAUGGCGGUCCCAACUUGGCUGUGUGUACAUGUAUUGAUGGAAAAGGUCUAGCGUUGUUUGAUCUAAGAAUGCCUUUGCCUCUUGAUUUUGUAAAUCAGCUUUAUGACGAAAAUAUUCGUGAUGUAACAUUUUUACACGAGAGCUGGCCUUGGUGUAAAGGACAAACGUCGAUAUUAUCCGUUGCCGAAAAUGGAAUUGCGAAGGUGACGUCACUGGACGGUCGAGAGCUGCACACUAUAGAUGCACUGGAUUCGUCGCUACAUAGUGUUGUUCCAACUCCUGAAAAGUAUGGAUCAAUGGUUGACGAUGGUUAUGGAAGUGUCGUGAUGUUCGGCGGCAAACAACUCUCAAGCUACGUUCCCGAUGUUGGAAUUCAAGAAACGAUGACCGAACAUGGAAAUUCGCCUUUGUGGAAAAUAAAGUACUCAUCGAAUGGGCAUUCUCUUUUUACUGCUUGCGAUAGAGGAAUAGUUAGAAGAUAUCGUCGUUAUACUGACAGACACGUCUUUGAAGAUGAACUCUUUCGGCAUAAAGAUGACAUCGAAGAUAUGGAUAUAUCUCCUUUUGACGAAUUUAUUGUAACAGCCUCAAAAGAUCGUUCCGUUGGAGUUUAUCGGCUGGGUGGUCCCAGUCAUGGUUACACUGAAUACAAGGAAGUCAGAUAGACCAAAGACAUGAGAUAGGCGAACCUGUGCUUACCACUGAAAUUUGUAUCCUCGUUUUUCUGGAUAAACUCUCCUAUAGACAUGACGUUUGUAUUAUUAUGCAUGGUUUCCGUUGCGAAUAUGCCUUGCGUGUUUCGUUUUCAAUGCCUUUUUUUAUGGAGGCCUACUUGUAAAUUGUUCUGCAGCUUCCCAUGUGCAUAUUGUACGCGUGAAAUAGCCAGGCGCCAAGCUACAGUAUUUGCCUAUUUAUACUUCUGUGGAAAGCAGUUUAAAGAUCGUAGGAUUUUGGAUUUGCUUAUUAAGGUUUUGAAAAAGCUUAUUUUUUGUCGAAGGUUCUUGGAUGUUUACCUGUCGUUUGCAACAUAAGUACGCGUGGAUGGAAGAGAACGAAAAGCAGAUUAACGAUGGAACGAAACAAACCGCAAUAUUUUUGCUGAGGAUAUGUGAUUGCGCAUGCUUACCCGUCUGCGUUCGCAACCUAUAAGUGACGUUAUAAUUUGCUCCCAACGUCGUUGUCGCAAUUAUGUUUUUUCAUUGUUUAACGAAUAGAUUACAUUUGGCCUUUGCGAGAUCAGUUAUCGAUAUACAUAAUGCCUCACCUUGGCGUGUGGCCUCUGUUCUGUUUACCACAUUUGACGUCAUGCUGUGCAUCUAUAAAUGAGCAGUCACUCAGAACAAAUAGUGGCUAAAUGGAAUCUGUUUGUUUAUGAAAUGAGAACCUAAAACUAACUAAAUUUUUAGCGGGAAAAGAGAACGUUAUUUAUUUUUUAUUCCAACGUUAGCAAAGAGGCUUUUUUGUUGUUUUCGCCAACGCGUCUACUGUUGUAGCUAGAUCUUUUUCAAGGUUUUCAUCGGUGUAAUUUAGGGAUUGCAUUCAAUCGUUCAAAAAUUUUUGCUAUUUGUUUUCGUUUAUCGACUUACAGCACAUCAUGUGACGCUCAUUCCGUGCAUCUGUAGUCUCGUAGUUGACUCUGGACCAAUGAAAUUGCGUGAUUUCUCGAUGUUUGGGAGCAAAUAUAAUUCCCCAAGGCACAUAACCAUAAAUUUGUAGUUAUAAAUGUCUUGAUCUUUGUGUACCAAUUGGUGAAAUAUAUACGACAAGAUUGACUUCUUCAUUUAACACCAGACUAAAGAUAAUAAACUGUCUUAUCAUGCUGUGAACUGAGCAGAGAGUAUUAUAACUGUUAAGGAUCGCGGAGCUUUUCCUAUACGAAAUCACGAACUCCAAUGAAGAGGGCGGGAGAAUCUUUUUCUUCCACUCUUUAUAGUUGUGGCUCCACGAGAGCAAACGCCUUUUACUUUUCAACGCUCAAAAUAAUGUGGGAUCUGUUCGUGUGCGAAAGAGAAAAAAGUUUUCUGACCGUUUCUCUCCAUAUUCAUCCCAUAAACGUUGAAGUGCGCUUUGCACUUUUGCCGUUUUUUUGUGAAUUUUCCGUAUUUUUUGCAUGUUUAGCGCGCGUGAUGUAUUUUCUCUGUCUUUCAUCAAUUUCUAUUUGCUUUGCCAAGUUAUUCACGCAAUUUCAAAGCGUUUAUUAUAAAUAUCCGCAAGUUUUCUUCAAGACAACAGAGUAGGACUAACGCUACGCGAGACAAUAUUCACCUUCUAAGACGGUCAGCUCUUCGCGAAGGUUUUCGUUUCACUUAGAUUUCGUUCAAGAAUAAAAAUUGGGAAGACAUGGAAGGUACACAAAGGCGUCUUUCUUUAAAAAGCGUGAACGUUUCUGUGGAAAUGGGAAACGACAAGGCAUUCAAGGAAAUGUACUCAGAGAUGGUAUCCUGGAUUCGCAAAGCAAGCCCCAAAGCUGAGGUCAUUGGCUCAGAGUCUAAUGAAAAAGGUGCAUUUGAGAUAUCGUGCGAUGGACGAGUGAUAUUUUCCAAGCUUGCAAGACAUGGUUUUCCUUCUAUGAAUGAGGUCGCCGACGUCGUUCGUAUGAUCAGUGAGAACAAGCACUGGGAAGAGAUCACCAAUGUGAACCGCGCCAAAUGUCGAUGUAUUCACGAAGAUUGCAUGUGUGGCCUGAGUGUAAUGGUUAACAAGACAGCUUGUCCCUGUGAAUGUGAAGGAAUGUGUCCAGGGUUGUGAGAACGUUGCUCAGGUCGUGCAUUUUAACCAUAUUUCCAUUAGAUUUAAUUAAUUUAAUAAUUUAAAUAGCAAUUCAUCACAUAUUAGCAUUAUACAUUGUAUUUGACGAUGAAGUCCGUCGUGUGAUUUUGACGGAUGGAAAAACGAGCGAAUAUAACUUAUUACUGAAGAAAUGAUUUUUGUGAUAAUAUAUCAAAACGAAUGAAAACAAA